AUGGCUGUUUAUAGGGUUUUGUGUGCAAUAGUUUUAUUUGGUUUGGUAUCUGCUAAACCAAAAACAGGAGAUGGGCUGAUCGCUUUAGAGAAAGAACGGUUAGCUGAAGCAGCCAAACUAAGUUCUAACAGAACCGAAAGUGGUAGUAUCGCGCUUGACAGAAUGUAUAACUACGAUGAAAUUGUUGAGCAUCUAACAAAGUUAGCCGCAGAUCAUGACACCGUCACAUUACGCUCUGAAGGAAGGACAUUCGAAGGUCAAGUACUAAGAUACAUCGAAAUAUCGACCACUGACUUUAUGGACCGAAACAAGCCCGUGAUACUCAUACAAUCUCUAAUACACGCUCGAGAAUGGAUCUCACUGCCAGCCACAUUGUAUGCCAUAAACAAAUUAGUCACUGAUAUCACUGAGCAAGAUCUUGUUAAUGAUAUUGAUUGGAUCAUAGUUCCAGUAGUCAAUCCGGAUGGAUAUGAAUUCAGUAGGACAACUACAAGACACUGGCUGAAGAAUCGUUAUCGUGAUGUAAACAAUGAAUGUGUCGGCGUCAACAUUAAUCGAAACUUCAGAAUUAAUUUUAGAAGCAAUUCCAGUAAUAAUGACUGUUCUGACUUCUACCACGGAGAGUUUCCUACCUCUGAAGAAGAAACAUUGUUAAUUUCAGAUAUAAUUGCAACCUAUCGGCAACGCCUACAACUGUUCUUAGAUUUCCAAAGUUAUGGCAGUCAAAUUCUUUAUGGUUACGGUUCAGGAGCAUUACCCAAUGACGUCUUGCUAUUACACUUCCUUGGUAUCCAAAUGGCUAACGCUAUAAAUAAUGUACAAGUUGACGCAAGUAAAAAUUACUUUGUUGGACAUGUAGCUUCUUUUUGGAACUAUGCAUCUGGCACAGCAAUUGAUUACGCAAAAGAAGUUAGAAAAAUACCUUAUUCCUUUACAAUUAAAUUGCCUAGUUAUGGGGAUGUUGAAAUAGAAGAUGAUGGAUAUUUAGUAGACCCUACAAAUUUAGAGCAAGCCGGAAAAGAAGCUUGGGAAGCUAUUAAAGUUAGCGCUAGAUUUAUACGCGACACCUACCAAUUUCGAUGA